AUGGAGAAUAUUGAAGUGGAAGUUAAGAAAUAAUUGAAUUAUUUAAGAGGUUUAUAGAGUUAUCUCUCGGAAUCAUCAGCUAAUCCUAAAGAUUUUGCUAAAAUUAUAGAUAUUUACAAAAAUCCAAUACAUAGAAUAUUAAAAUUAAAUUGUUAUCCAUUACUUAAGACCUUUCCUUCAUCUGAACUUGUUUGUUUAGAAUUAGAGAAAGAUUUUAGCAAUAAAGAUUUUGAAAUACAAUUACUCUCACUCAAAUUAGCAUAUUCCUUACCAAUUAGUAAUCUUAUGCAAAUUGUUAAAUCAUAUGACACAGCAUUUUAUUAGAUUAUAGAAUAGUAUAAUCUCAAUAUUCAUUAGGUCUUUUGAUUUUCAUUAUGAAAGGUUGUGUGCAGUUAAUUCUAUUUUACAAUUAUUGCUUACAAAAGAAACAGAAGUAGAUUCAAUUGAUAUGCCAAAACAAACAAUAACUAAUAUUUACUUGAGAAUAGCUGAAAAUUGUUUUUCUAAUAACAGAGACAUAUCAGCUAAUUGUAUAAUCUGUUUAUCAGAAUUUUUAUAGUGUAAAUUAUAGAAUCCAAACAAUCUUACAUAAGUCAAUUAUGACACACAAUAAAUUAAAUAGUAUCUCUUAUUAAGACUUGAAUUGCUUUAUGAAAAAAUUUGUAGCUAUGAAGUUCGUAUUAGAUCCAAGAUGUUAUUAUUAUUAUCUUAGAUUUUGGUUGAUUCACCUAAAUAAAUAUAGUAACAAAAUACAGUCUAAUAAAACUAAAAUACACUUAUUCAUAAGAUAAAUGUCAUAGAUUUUAAUAGCAAAAUUAUUAAAGCUGGAUUAUAUGAUAUUCUAUAAUAUAAUUUUGAAAUAGAAAUCAUUGUAUAAGUUUCCAAUUUUCUUAUCAAUGUUAUUUCUCAAUGUAAAUCAUAUGAAUUUUUUAAUACAAGCUAGAUUGUAUGGUAACUUUUUGAUUACAUAGAUAAAUAUAUAAAGAAAGUGAAUUAUAAAAAAGAAUUAAACCAAAUUUUACUAUAAAUUCUUUAGUUGGAUAUGGAUUUGAAUACAAAUAUAGCAAUAUCUAUAAGAAUUUUAGAGAUAUCUUUCCUUAUAUCAAACUAAUUAACUCGAUUGUUAUUUCUUCUUUAUUGUUUCAAUAAUUUAAUUUAAAAAUCGAUUGAAUUGCUUUACUAAAAAAAGACAAGUGCAAUCUUAGGGUUAUAUAAUUAGACUUGGUUUCUAACAAAAAUAAAAGAUGAACCUGAAGAACUAAUUUGCUGCUUAAUCAUAGCUGCUAUUCAUUAAGAAACAAAUAAAUCUAUUUUAUUAGAAAUUAUGGAAAUCUGUCAUGCUUUUAUUUGGGAUGGUUGCAAUAUUGAAGCUAUUAUUAUGUAUUUAUUAUUGAUAGAAAAAUGUAUUAAUGUUAUCCCAUCUGAUGAAAUAAGAUUAGAAGAUCUCAUUAUUAGAAUGAAUAACAAUUAAAUAAGCUUCAACCAAAAAAUUUAAACACUAUUAAUUAUUACAAAAAAAUUCACAGAAAGUAGCUAAAAUUGCAAAUUAGAUUAUAUUAAUAUCUUAGCUGAAUUCAGAACUUUUAUGAUUUAACCUAUUUAAACUUAAAUUUGUUAACUUAAUCUAUUGUAAAAUGUAUAUAAGAUUUUAUAUUAUUUAUCAAUAAAUUUUCAUACACCUGAAAAUCAAAUCAAACAAUAAAUACUUGAAUUGCUUUCAGAUUAUAAUGAUAAUUUAUAAUAAAGAAAAAAUGAUCAUAUAGCAGAAUAAUUAAUUGAAUAUAAUAGAAAUUUUGUAAAAUCACUUUAAUACAAAGAUUAGCUCCAACAAGAUAUAUUAUAAAUUAAGAUUAAUAAUUAAAUUGAUUCUACUAAUCAAAACUUAUAAAAUCUAACAACUUAUUAAAUAGCUUACAAUAUAUUUUAAUAAAAGUAAUUUUCCUUUGAAUAAAACACUCUCAUAAUGAAUUUAAGAUCUUUGCAAUUACCUUAAAAAAAUAUAUUUACUGAAUUAUAAUUAAACUAAAAAUUAAUUACUGGAGUUAGUGAUUUUGUAUAAAUUUAUUGUUCUCACACAUUAGAUUUAUAAAAGUCUUGCAUAUGUUUAGGAAUCAGAGUAAUCAACAAUUGUCCAUUUAAAUUAGAUAAUUUAGGAAUCAAAAUAUUAUUAGAUAGAAAUUCUUAUAUCUAAAAUAAUUAUAAACUUAUAGAAGAAUUGCCAUCCUAUUAAGAAAAAUAAUUGUUUUAUGUUGUAAAAGUAAAUCCAAAGCUCUCUAUGCAUUUUGCUUUUGAUUUAAUAUUAUAAGAUAUCAAGAAUGAAUCUUCAUUGUCUUUUGCUAUCAGAACAUAAAAUUAUAGAAUUAGUAUGCUUGAAUUUCUUAUUCCUAAUACAUUUUUGUAUUUAUCAUAGAAUUGUUUUUAAUAUAUAACUUAUGAUACAUCUUUAAUUAUAAAAUGUUAUUUAGAAGGAAAUUAUUUAUAGCUUUAUAAAAAAUUAUUAUCUUAGCCAUUUGCAACUGUUAUCUUAGAUAAUACAAAUCAAGUAUUUUAAUAUUCAAUUAAAUCAAAUUUAAAUCUUGAUUUGAUUGCUUAAAAUGUUUCAAAAACAAUAAACAUUGGGUUAUUAUCCUAUUUGAUUAAUGGCCAAAACUUAGCAAUCAUAAUAUCAAAUAUCUCAACCUAAUCAAAUUCAACUGAAGUGUUGUUGGAGGUAAAGUAUAUUAAUAUUUUUAGAUUAAAUCUGAUAAAAGUUGUAUUGAGAGUUUUUAAACUGAAAUAGAUAAAUUUUUAUUUGAAUUAUCAGAUGGAUUAUUAUCUGUAGUAUUGUGA